AUGGAUUCAGAAACCAAAUCGUCACUCAACCUCAUCGAACCUGAUCGAAACAGAUUACACAGUCGCCAAGAUACUUCAACUGGCGAGGCUGGUAACUUCAUUUUUUCACCUCCGCCACCUCGUAUGAUGAUACCCAACGAUGGAGGUGGAAUCAGAAUCAACCGGUCUCUUUCUUUGACUCCUCCGCCUUCUUCGCCUCCUCUGCGCGAAGUCAAUGAAUUUGGUGUUAAUGUAGGCCACGUCACGAUACAGUCAUACCGAGAUCGUCAGGGCCGCUAUAGAACGACUAAGCGAAAGGGUAUUCCGUCUAAAGGCGAGAAAUAUGUGGAUACAGACCGCGUGCCACAAGUCACAUUCUUCCAUGCGGUGGACGAGAUUGGGAACAUCCAGAGUCAAAGGAUCGAGGUCGACUGGUGGGAAUUCAGCGAGUUUCUAGAGAGCCUUGAAGAGUUUCCCCUUGCUGAGAUGGAUUCACGGCAAGAAACAACAUUCUUUUAUCCUUUUGUGUCGCUUUUCUUACGCUUAGAUGCGCUUGAAAGGGAAUCAUCGACAACGGAGGCAAGGUCUCCCAUUGCCCACAACAGCACAGCCUCAGCACCCAAUAUUGGCAUUACCAAGGCCAUUCUAGGGUUUCUCGGGGAAAAUGCCAGUGAAAUUCGAUCAAGGUUCGAUGCGUUGAACUCCGCCAACCCCAGCACUCUGAUUCAAUACGACAAUCUGUGGAUGCUUUACAAACCGGGCCAACUUGUCUUCGCAAAGAUUUCGGGGCUACAUCCGGUUUGCUACAUGGUAGACUACCCGACUGUCAUCAGGGAACACGAUAGCCCGAGCCUGAUGAGACUGGAACUGCGCUGCUGGGAUAUAAAUUACAAUGCGAGAGUGGGCGCCUUUACGAAACGACGUUCAGCACUUACAAUUGACCGUUUCCACGGCGGAAUUGCAAUCGCAAAACUGGUGUAUGUGCCAGAGAGAUUUGUGGAAGAUCCAGAUGCUGUCAAGGCGCAGAUACUCGCAAGAGGCCAACACUUCUGGGAAAUGAACACAACGUCCAGAUUUCAGCAGGUCGUAAGUCACCAAGACCAUGGCCAACACAGUUCUUCCAUUUUGAGAGUGAUUGUGAGUGAAGGAGCUGGGAGUACGAUGCACCAAGACCGGCUCAAGAGCAUUGAAAUUGCCAGGCUUGCCAAAACCGAAGCCAUCGAAAAAUGGAGUAGACAGGCUAGCGGAGGUUCUGGCUCAUCUAGUAGGAAUAGGACCUUUGAGCCAGCUGUCAACGUUAAUCCAGCUCACCAAGAAGUGAGAGCGACGCGGAGCCAAUGGUUUCACAGUUACGACACCAUCCCAGCAAGCAGUAAGCCGGAUGAUUUGGCCCUCAUGCUUUGCCCUCACUCGGUAGUUGCUUUCAGCCUCCGCGACAAAUCGUGGGGUUCGUACCACGUCGCCAGCCUCAAACCGGUUGAGUUUGCAACAAAUGCAUGGUCGCGGCUAGUUCUGAAAACAGAUUAUAAAGAAGUCAUUUGGGCAAUGGUCAAGUCCUAUAUGGCGCACAGUACUGGAUUCCAGGACCUUGUUGAGGGAAAAGGUGAUGGUUUGGUUAUCCUUCUUCAUGGGCCUCCAGGGGUUGGCAAAACCUUGACCGCAGAAUGCGUCGCAGAGUCAUUCAAGAAGCCUCUUUACAUGGUAACCGCUGGAGAUCUCGGAACAGAUCCUGAGACACUCGAGUCGAAGUUGUCGGAUAUCUUCAAUCGUGCGGUGGAAUGGGAUGCUAUAUUGCUGCUAGACGAAGCACACAUUUUCCUGCAGGACCGAGACUACGACAAUUUGCAGAGAAACGCAUUAGUAUCCAUCUUUCUUCGAACACUGGAAUACUUCAACGGCAUCAUGUUCCUCACUAGCAACCGCGUCGGCGCCUUCGACCAAGCCUUCCAGUCCAGGAUCCACAUCACAAUCGGCAUGCCAGAAUUCGACGAAGCCCUCCGUAAGGAAGUCUGGAAGAUCUUCAUCAAAGAUCUCGGCCGCCCACGCCGCGACGGAUCGCCGGCCCUGCUGUCGCACGACGAGUGUCGCGCCCUGGGCAGCGAGGUCGUCAACUCGUGGGCCUCGCAACCACUCAACGGCCGCCAGAUCCGCAACUGUGUCAGGAGUGCCUUGGCGCUAGCGGAGAACAAAGGGACCAAGCCGAACGCAAGCCAUUUCAAUAACGUCAUUAAGCUUGGCAAUGCAUUUACCCAGUACAUGAACAAGUUGCAGAAGGCCGAGGCAGAAGAGAUUGCUCAAAUCAAGGGCGAUCGACUGGCGGCAAUGAAGGAUCUCAUGGCUCGAGAUGAUGUUCCGUAG